AUCGGCAACUUCAUCUAAGGUCAAUGUUGGAGGAGAGGCAUUUUUAAAAUUUUGCACUUUGCACUUUGAUAUUUCGAUCUUAGUUUUACUUCCAUCAUGGAUGAUGAUUUAGGAUUCACCCUUGCCUUAUCAGGAAGAGGAUUAAGGGGGAGGGCAUCAGACUCAAUUAAUGAGCUGAGGGCAACACUGAACAGUAGUCCAAGGAGGCGUACUUUAGGUAGUCACCUACCCACACCUAGACAAUCAUCCUCCAGCCUUUCCAAGAGCACCUCCAGAAGAUCGCAACACAGGAGUUUGUCUUCACCAAGGGAUCUUGAGCCAGGAAGUCUUCAAAACACAAGGUUAUCUGACAGUAGAGCAUUAGACAACUACAACAAUGCUGUAGACAGGCUCAGAACUCUACUCUUAAGCAAUAGUAAUCAAGCAAGUACAUUGCCUGGCAGAGGUCGAAGGUCAUCGGAAGUUUUCUCUCAGAAUGGCCAGCAUGAGGCUCCCUUUGCAAUGGAGGGUACCUACACCUACAAACAGUCCCCUAGACUUCCAUUAACAACCAGCAUCUCUAAAGUGCACACUGAACCCAACUCGCAACAGCUGCUACAGAUUAUCAACAGCCAAAGUGCAUACAUUCAACAGUUAGAGGGAGAGAAUAAGUACUGCAGGGAGGAGCUCCAUGGUCUCAAAGGAAGGACAGAGGCGAUUGUAGCAGAGAAUGUCAAACUGAAUGACGAGAUGAAAGAUAUGCUCAUUAAAACAGCUCUGGAAGAUAGUCCAUUUAGACAGGAUGAACAGCCAUCUUCAAUGCAAGGUAACCAAGAAAGACAACAUCGACAACAUCCUCAAGCUUCAGAUAGACUCAUGUUUGCCCAAUGGAGUGAAGAUCUUGAAAAAUUGAAGAAAAUGCAUGGGAUGCGAGUAAAGAGAUUGGAAGACCAAUUAGCUUCAACAAAAUCUGAGUUGGUAAACCAUGAGAAGCAGUGCAAUGAGUUGAAAGUGAAGCUAAGGAUGGCUGAAUCAGUAAACCUUCUCUCAAGGAAAGACAAUCAUAUCAAAGAUGGUCUCUGUGUACGCUGUGCUCAAGAAGAGGCUGUUAUGACCAUCCCCAGUCAGCCUGCGAAUAGUACUACCAUUCACAGGAUAACAGAAGAGAGGGAUGAUUUGGUGAGUCGUCUCACUGCUAGCCAGGCAGCAAAAGAAGAAGCCGAAGUGAGAGAAGCUGAAGCUUAUAAUCAGGUGCAGCAAAGCAUUCAACUUGUAGAACAAGCUCAGUUAGAGAGAACAGAGGCCUUAGUACAGACAGAGCAAGCUAAGGAAGACAUUGUCAGACUUCAAAGCAGAAUGGCUGACAUGGUAACGGAACAACAAGAGAAACUACAUCUUGAAAGAGAGGCAACUAGGAGAGAGAGUCAGGAAGAAAUUGCACAGCUCAAUCAUAAGGUUGGUAAGCUAUCUGAAGAAUUAUCAGCAAUGACCAAUCAGCUAGAGAGGGUGACUAGAGAGAAGGUAGAUAUUACAUCAGAGCUGGAUCAAGCUAAGAUGCAAAUCAUGCAACAUGAGGUUCAAAUCACAAAGGUAUCUGAGGAUACAAGAGUGUCAGCUACUACAGCUAAGGUACAGAGGGAUGAGGCUAUGAGACAAUUAGAGAGGCUCAGAGCAUCCAUGGAAUCAGAACUAAGAAGUGAAAAACAGGAGAAAUCUCGGGUAAAGAAUGACUUAUCAGAUGUAAGAAGAAGACUCCAGCAGGCUGAGAAGGAUGCCUCCUCAUCACGGGAGGAGUGCAUCCGUUUGGUAGAGAAACUCAAUGCUGCUGAAAGAGAGGCAAGUAUUUUACGUUUGUCUCAUGAGAGUGUUGAGAAGGGUAACAAAGAUGCUCUGAGGAUGGUAAGACACCGAGCAGAGAAGAAAGAGCAAGACCUCAAACAAACUAUACAUGACAUGGAAGCCAAGCAUAGUUUAGCUGUGAAUGAACUAGAGAACAUGUUAUCAGAUCAGCAAGCCUUGAUCACAAAGCUUAGAGAAGAGGGUAGAAUCCUUACUGAGAAGUUAGAGAGUGGAACUAACAAGUACAGGUCAGAGCUUCGUCAACUGAGGCAGGUGAAUGGUGAGCUGGUGGCCCGAUCAGAGCGCCUCUCCCAGCAGCAUAAUGAUAUGGAGAUACAGUGUGUAGAGCAUGGUAAACUGCAUCAUAGAAUGAAAACCCGUCUCCAACAGAUGGAAGAACAGAAUAACAAGAAUGCUAAACAGAUCUUUGAGCUCCUUCAGAAGCAGACCAGCUUGAUGCAGGAACGACAGGUCCUUAGUAAGGAGGUAGAAUUCCUGAGAAGCCAUGGCAUCACCAAUGCACCAUCAGACCUGAACAGGAGUGAGACCAACUGGUUGAAUAGUGAUGUAGAUAAACUCAAGAGAUCGGCUGGAUCAUAUGGCAAGGAGGCUAUGGUACCAAGUCAUGAUCAGGAGAGGUAGCAUGCCAUUUUUCUUUUAAGUACUGAUGAAAGGAAAGUUCCUAAAAAUAUUCAUAUUCACAUGCAAACUGAAAUCAAGAAAAUACAGAUGCGUAUUUUUUCACUGUGAAAUAGUAUAACUUAGACACUGUUCUCACUAACAUUCUAAAACUAGUUACUGGAAACUACUUUAACAUGAAAUGAGAAUGGUCGAAGAAGCGAUCUUCCAAACCGGUUCAGAAAACCACCUCUCGAUGUAGUUUUGAACAUCGCUUUGCCUUGUUAAACUGGUUUUAGCGUAAGUGAGGACACAACCAUUCUUCCAGAAGCGAUCUUCGCACACUUUCAGUGCGCUACUCCACACACUGUAUGUGGAAUGAUUACACUGCAGUUUCACAUUUUGCGUGAUACAUUUCACCCCACUGAGAGUGUUCCCAUAGCAGCAAGACUGCUUUACGUGAAGUGGUUUUGAAAACCACUUUCGGGUGAUCAAAUGGGAACGCUAGCAAAGUGAUCUUCAAAACUGGUUUCCAGUAUACCAGUUUUAAAAAGUAUAAUGAGAACGAUGUCAAAUUCACAUAAAUAAAUUAUCCCCCCCCCACAAAAAAAAAGGAAUGAGGAAACAUAGGGAUAUACUAAAUUAGUGUUUAACAAGAACCAUUAUCCUGUAUUGUAAAAGCUUCAUUGGCAAUAUAUUUACUUGGGUUGAUAUUUUACAAUGAAAACUUAUGCACGAUGUAGUCUGAGUUUAAUGUUUUUCAUGUAGUAAGAUAAUUAUUUUGUACUGAUUAUUUGCAUUUGUCACUUAAUCUAUUUUAUAUUCUAAUAUAUAUUUCAUUCAGAGAUCAAGUUAAUAUAUUAAGAGUGUAGACCAUUAUUUAGAAAAGAAAAUUAUUAAACCCUGGUUCUAAAUUAAUUGAUUUUGUAAGUAAAUUAUUGAACACAAACCUGAUGUUUACUAAUGAAGACAUGAAGACUUCCUAGUUCCUAUUUAUGAGUUUGAAUGGUUUUUAAUCAAAUAAAAUUACAAUCAUUGGCAAAUAAUUGAAUUAAAAAAAAAAAUCUUAUGGUAGAACCAUCAUGCAUUUGUAUUUUAGUUUAAUCUUAGACCUACAUGUAGCAUGUGCAUCAUGAUGGUAUGAUAUUUAUUUUAAUACACAAAGUAUCAUAUUGUUUUUAAAUUUACUCUCCCACUGCAUUCUGAAAUAGUAGUUACUAUAAUUUUGCCUUGAUAUAAACAGUAAUUGCAUAAACAAAUAACCACUUAAUUGUAUGCCUUAAAAUGAGAGAAAAUAAUUUUUCACACAUUACUUUAUAUCAAAAUCUUACAAGCUCAUGCAAUUAGAAAAGGGACUUUAUAUUAAAUAUGCAUGGCAAAUUGUUGCAUAAGUUACAGCAAUAUGUAAUUUAACCGUCCAUUUUUAUCAAAUUUUUCUAUUGAUGCUCUAUUGGUGCUAUUGUUUUAAGAAGGUAGCAAACAGUCAUAUAACUUGUGUGUGAAGUAUGGAAAUUCAUUUCUUUAACCCAUUCUCAUCAAUUAACAUUCCUUUCAUUUGCCCUUUCUUGGUGUUUGUCAUUUAUACACAUUUUUUUAAAUAUUUUACCUGAAAUAUCAGUUUCCACUCUGUCAAAAAAAAUUGCAAAUCAGUUGAUUGUUAAUAAUUUGUGAGUUGUUGAAGUUAUUAAAAUGUCAUGUGGACAUGCAAAUAUCAUGCGAGAGGUAAAAGAAAAUAUAUAGCCUAAUAGGCAAUUUCAUGAGAAAAAAAUGAAAGUUCAGAAUAUUUUCCAUUCCAUGGAUUAAUCAACAUUUAUGAAAAUAGAUAUUACGUGAUAAUCAUUAUUGGCAUGUUCAGUUUCAUUUUUAAAAAUUCUGAGAAAAUGGUUCAGUAAGUACAUUAAAAUGGGUUAAUUUCAUUGAUAUUGAAUGUAAAUUGCUCAUUUUUAUAUGUAGAUCAACAUGGUUAAAUUUCAUUAUUGAAAUUGCUGAAAUAAAAGAUUUUGAGGGAAAUAACAGACAUAUUUUCAUUGAAUUGACUGGUAUAGUGGUAAAAGUGACACAAAACACAGAACAUAAACACAAACUCAAAGAGCAUCUGAAUUAAAUUUCCCAUGUGGAAUUUCCUUGAUGGUAUGACAUUUCUUUACACAGUACUCUAGUUGAUUUUUCUUGUACCUCAGUCAGUAUAAAACACAUUUCAGUAUUUUAGAUUGUACAGAUUAUUCUGUGUAUGUUCUAAUCAAUGUAUCUGUGUGUAUUGUGUAUCUUUGAGAAAGUAAUCUUCUUAUUUUCGUAUUUUUUGUUUGUUGUACUUCAUUAUAUGUUAUUGUACUAACUAAUUGAAUGUAUUUACAGUAACUCUCUAAGCCAGUUGUAAAAAUUGUGUAUUGUGAAAAAUUAAUAUACAGUGCAUCCCACAAAAAAGGAAGCCUGUUUUCAGAGAUAGAUUUCACAACUAUUAAAUAUGUUUUUACAAUAAAUUUGAUACCCAUGGCAAGAGUGGAAUCUCAUCUAUAAUUUGAAACUAACAGCUAAGCAAAAAAAAAUAAAAUACAUGGGAAUCUCAGUUUCCUUUUUUCUUAGAGGCACUGUAUAUUUGUAAAGGUCUGAUGUGUUUGGUUCUGUAUGCAAAUUUCAUUCAAAGUUUCAGUUCUACCUUACAUCACAUUUUAGGCCCGGAAAUCGCUGUGUAUGUGAAUCCCAUGAAAGUGUUUAAUUCAGUUUGGCGCUACAUUGCAGCAUUGGUUUUCUGGGGAUGACGGACAGUGCUGUUUAGUUUCAUUACUUUGUGUGAAUUCAGAACUAAAUCAUGUUUUGUUGAAUAAUAAGUCACCAGUCAUUUAUGGCUUUUCAAAUUGCAAAUACUAUGAACCCUGCAACAAGAACAAAAUACAAUAAAAAGAACAGUAUUGGGGGUAAUUGUUGGAUUGGCAUCGUAACAUAGUUUAUGGAUCUCGUUCAUGAAACAUACACAAGGGUAAUCAGGUUAUGAAUGAUUGUUUUGUGUAAGUCGAGGUGACUCGAUCAAGGUCAAAUAUUCAUUUUGGGUCAUGUAAGUAUUUUAUUAUCAUUUGAAUUUUUUGUGUGUGAGUAAUUAUUCAAUAGUUGAUUUAAAAGUGAGCAAUGCUGCUAUAGUGAAUUGCAUAAUACAGGCGAGACUGCCAGAGGCAUUCCACCUGUUUUUAUUAAAAUUUGGAGAGGGAGGGGGAUUUGCCAUGCCAGGCAUAUCUUUUUAAAAAUCACAUUUCACACAGCAAUAAUGAAAACAUUUGUGGUAAAGUGUAUUCAGUGAUAUAUAGUAAUAAUUUGUACAGAAAUUUUAUACUUUUGUUCCCCUAUAUUACUGUACUUUUUAUCAAAUGCAUUUAACAUUAUUUGUAGCAGUGAUUUUUUUUUAAUGUAUGUUUAAAUUAAAAAACAAAUUGGAUACUAAUAUUAA